GUUUGACUUUGACAGUCCACUUUAUAGGUUGUUUGCUUGGUAGCAUCUUUCCGUUCGAUAUUUCGGUAUAACUAAAGUUUUCAGAAAAUCGAUAUGGAGACGAAAAGUGAAGAAAAGCCAGGUGCAGAAAAAACUAUAUUUGAUGCUAUAGCACAAAAUGAUUUUGUGGAGUUUAAGAACAUACUGGCGCAACACAAAGGCGCCGUAGAUUUCUUUGACGAAAAUGGUAUGACUGCGCUACAACACGCCGCUUAUAAGGGGAACAAGGAUAUGGUUCAACUAUUACUUGAUCGAGGCGCGGACGUGAACUCGGGGAAGCAUGAGUACAACUACACGGCUCUCCACUUCGGUGCGCUGUCUGGGAGCUCUGAGGUCUGCAAGCUCCUGCUAGAUGCCGGAGCCAAGUCUACGGCGACCAAUUCCGUAGGGCGUACUGCUUCGCAAAUGGCUGCAUUUGUUGGUAACCACCACACUGUAGCCACUAUCAACAACUACAUACCUCGGAGCGAAUUGUCUUACUACAGUGCGGUUCAAGGACAGCAGACAGAGCCCUACCUACCUGCUAUCUUAGUGGACCCUCUCCAUAAGUUUGUUCUUGGUGUGAACAUCCACCCGGUGCGACUGGCACUGAACCUACAGCACAUACCUAGUUUACUGGACAAUGCGGAAAAGGUUAUUAAAACUCUUGAACUAUUGUGCAAGAAGGAGAUGACAAGAGGAGGUGACACUAAUGAAGUAAUGGCAUUUAAGUACCACUAUUUAGCUUAUGUCCUUAGAGAAAUCCACAACAUUAGAGAUAAGAAACCUAAUUCUGACAAGGAUGACAAGAAACAUGAUGUUGUAGAGGUAUUCUCCAAGAAGUUACUGAAACCGGGCAAGGAUGGAGUGUCCCUGGAUUUGAUGGAUACAUUCCUGAAAGAUUGUGUGAGGGAAUUCCCCUUCAGAGAGUGCACUACUUUCCAUCAAAUGGUGUCCUCCCUGGCCAGCAAGGACCCUCCACCUGCACUGUCAGUGAUCAACUGCACCAUUAAUGGUCAAAGAGGAUUUGUUGAUGCCAUCCCUUACUGCAGCACUUGCGGGGAAGAGAAGCCAGCAAAAAAGUGUUCCAAAUGCAAAUCUGUGCAGUACUGUGACCGGGAGUGCCAACGCUUGCACUGGUUUGUGCACAAGAAGGCUUGCAACAGAGAAUCUAGCGCCCCCGCACCUUCUAAUGCUAAAGUUAAUAUUGACGCAAAUGAGUUAAGUUCAGAGCUACAAAACCUCGUAGCAGGAUAGGGUCUAAUUAUUGAUGUUUAAAAUAAUAAGAAUAAAAUAAUUCCACUUUAUAUCUGAAUGUAUUUUCUCGUGCUGUAAAGUAGGUACAUAUUUUUAUAAUCAAUCACAAAUAUUAUGUAUUUAAGUUUGCUGAUUGUGAUCUUAAUAGGAAAUGCUGUUAUUGUUUUAAACAUUAAUAGAUGCAUCUGUACAUAAUUGUGUUCAUUCCCUUUUCUGUGUGUAUGUAUCCUAUAAAGUUAAAUAUAUCAAAAUUAUUAAGUGGUA